UCUCUCACUCGGGCAUCAAGAAGCUCUUUUCUGGAGUUGCCAUCCAGACGAGAGAAUCCCUAAAAGGCCCUAUUUUCCUCUGCCACUCUCAAUCUUCGCAGAAGGUAUCAAGCCUUCCAGGUUAUUGAGGCUCAGAAGCGGGCGGGGGACAACAGUCGAACAACUUUCACUUUUCGAUUUCUAGUCAAACUAGGGUUGCCAUUUUGUAAAUUUGGUUGCAACUUCCAAUCCUAGAAGAGAAGGCGGAGCCAUUCCCACUGUCAUGGCGACCGGAACAAUUCUUGAAGAUCAAAAGAAACGCACUUUGGAAGCGUUGGAGCGAAGGUUUGCCGUUGCCAAGGCUGAGCUUCUACAACAGCAGGAACAUCUAAGCAAGAAACGAUUUCGCGGAGUAGAUGAAAAAGUUAGUCCCUGCACAAAUUCUUUCUCCGUUGGUUCUUCAACUCAUCCGACUGACUCAUCGGUCACGCCCACAUUGAACGCCUCAUUGGAGAAAGGUCAUGCAACUUCACAAGAUGUGGAAGCAAAUGGUCCAGCGUAUUCUCAGCUCUCUCAAACCGUUCAUGAGAAUUUGUUGGCUACAAAUGCAAAAACCACUAGUAAAAGAGGAAGCACAGCGGAUAAAAUUUUGCAUGAGCUUCUCAAAAAUGGUGAUUCAGCUCAUAAAUACAUGAUGGGAUCCAGAAGUAUGAAAUUUGACAAUUGGAUCCUUCUUGAUAAUGUUGUACAAGGACGUGGUGCUUCAGGUGCUCGUAUCAGGGAUUUGCUGAGCCACUCGAAGAACUCCAGAAAACACAUAUCCAUGAAGCAAAAUAAAAGAUGUGGAUCAUUGAAUUUGCCUCAAGAGCUCCAUAGGUAUGAUAUUUUCAAGCCGAUGCAUGACAUGUGGAAAGGCUACAUGAUGCAACUUCUUAAAAAUAAUGGGAAAAAUCAGUUGGUUCAGCCUCUUCUCAGUGCAGACCUACAUGGUGCUAUUAUUCUAGUUGUUGAGUGUAAGAUAGCUGCCUUCAAUGGAGUGAGUGGUAUGAUGAUUCGUGAAACUGCAGAAACACUUGGUAUAAUUACACAAGAUGAUAAAUUCCGAGUUGUGCCCAAAAAGGGGUCUGUGUUCAUUUUCCAAGCAGAUUGCUGGAAAGUCACCUUGCAGGGAGACAAACUCACUUCAAGAAAUUUAGCCCUGUGAUCUUGAUAUUGGUCUUUGCAUCUAAGGAUCUAUCCAACUGUGCAUAGAGCUGCCUCAAGCAGUUGGAUUCAAGAUUUGGCCCAACAUAUUUAUGUUUUGAAUGUCUAAAAAAUGCGCUUACCAGAAUUCUCUGCGUCUCACUUUUUCUUUUAACUGAGAUCUCUAUCAAAGGCUCUCAAUUGUUGACUAAAUUGCAGGAAGGUGAAGUGGGCAAUGAAACCACGGAUAACAGAAACUUCAAAGAGGUACCUGCAACAUAAAUGGUUGAUUGGGCAGAGUUUGGUUGGUAGAUAUAGGCAGAGGCAGCUCAGAUUAGCUUCAUAGCCACUUUGAAUAGAAGAAAGCGAUUAAAGGGUGAUUUCAGUCAGGUGGUCUUUAUGUAAGGCCUUAAUCAUUGUAUUAUGCUUUUCUGAUAAUAACUUUUAACAUUUAAUUUUAGAAGGGUAUUCUUUUUUCUAGGAAUCAAAUGUGUUUGGUGUUUUCAGAAACUUUUAUUUGGGAAAUUCAUUCAGAAAGUUGUAAUUGCUUUUACCUUCAACUAUUAGCCUCUGACUCAUCUCCUGAGCCUGUGUUUGGUUCAUGACAAAAUUGUGAAGAACCAAAGGAAAAGGGAUCGUAAUUCAUAAA